CUUCGGCUUCAGACGUGGUGUGAGAGGCGCGCAGGCUGGUUCGCCGCGGGUAGUUGCGAGUGUGCGCAGUGUGAAAUCUUCACAGCUGUCUUUACAGAAUCACGUCAAGUGCAAAGAUAGUAGUGCGUGAUGAUGUAUAUACGGAAGCGGACGUGUUGUGACCUGACGUGAUGUGCUGUGGCCGUUAAGUCAAAGUUGGUGUGUAGUACAUAAAGGUGUUGGCCACCCGUUUGAGUUUAAAAGCGUACUGGUAGGACAGAAUUAAGAAGAGAACAGUGACGGAACUAUUGCGUAUACCUCACUGUGUUUUGUUUUUGUAAUUUAAUUUCACAUAAAUUAGAGGUGAUGAAUACCGUGACUUUUGCAACUGCCACGUCUUUGUUCUUCUCGUCAGAAAUUACUGAAGAGACUGUGGUUUCCAUUUACAGAUAAGCUCAGCUCACAGAGACAAAGAUAGGCUUUCCAAAAGUUAUGCUAAUUAAGGCAUCAAGCCCGUAAUUACCCCUUUUCCUAUCAUUUCUUCCCUGGAGAAAAUAAUACUAUACAUUACGUGAAUACACAAUACCUUGAAACAAUUAUUUUGAGUUCGUUUGACGAGUACUUACACAGCUGGGAAAACUUUUCCACUUCAGUGUUACUCUCAAUCACACGUACACAUCAGCACAGUGAGAUGUCAUUGUUGAACGUACUCAACGAAAAACAGUUCUCAUUGGCUGUUGUAUAGGGCGUGCUUAAGCUACUUUUGCUUGCUUGUAGUAGUGGUGGUGGUGCUUUUUGCCGUAUAAAUUUUUUAUGUGAAACUUGAGGACAACUAACAGAUCGGCUUGUUUGAGUGAAGUUUGCGGUGGUGUAUUUAGUGUGUGUGAGUAAUGUGAUCGUGCUGUAUUUUUCAUUCUGACUCGUGUCGUAAAAAAAGGAAAAAAAUUCUUCGAGUGAGUGGUGAUGGUGCUAGAAUUGUGAAUCACGGCGAGAACACGGGCUCCUAAUAUAUCGGGGAUGGAGUACCGGGGCCAGAACCCCCAUCCCUUGCUCCAGCACCCCGCGGCCCCAAUGUUUUAUUAUCCAGGUCUGCCUGCAGUCACGAAAGCAGCGGGUCCUGUAGGCAGUGGCCACUUGUUAGGGUCUCCGGCAGUGGGUGGUGCUGCGCCACAUUCCGGAAAACAGCACCACCGGCCUGGAGUGCCGCUGCCCGGUGGUCACACGGUACCUGGACCGGGACCGGGUCCAGGGCCCGGCCCGGGGCCCGGACCUGGAGGGCCGCCCCCGCCCGCUGCUGUUGCACCUGCUGCCCCCGGCCCACAACCACCGCCUCACUCGCAGCCUCCUGCUACUCAGCAGCAGGACCGUUCCUUUGCCGCCGCCCUGCGAAAGCUCGCCAAACAAGCUGUACCGCCCUCUGAACGUGAAUGUGAGGGGGAGCCACCACCAACCAGACAAGUUUCGCCCAAGAGCCGGGGUCCGCCACCCCUUGUUAGAGGAACUUCUCCCACAUUGGGAACCACUUCGCAAGACAGCCGUAAGGAACGCACAUCUCACGAGCAACAUGGAUCAUCUCGUGGUAGCUCCUCAAGACCAGGAGAGGAAGUCUUUGGUGGUCGAGGUACAGCUGCUGGGAGCAGUGCUGUCGCUCCACCUACUCCCGAGUCCUCAGCUGCUCCAAUGUUGGCACGUAGUGGUUUCCAGCCUUAUCGGCCAGAGGAGUCGCGAAUUGGACAUCCGCCCCCACCUCUGCCUCCUGCUGCAUUUGCCUUGGAUCCUACUGCUGCAACAGCAUAUGCUCAGUAUCACCACGGCCUGUACCCCACACAUUUGCAGCACCCCUAUGGCCUGGAAGGACAGCUAUGCUUGGAGCGUUGUGGAAUGUUACGUUCACCAUUAUUUCCACCUCUACCCCCUACAACCUACCUUUAUGGGCUGCCACGGUAUUCUCCUGAUAUGCUUCCAACACCCUUCGGAGUUAUAUCACCAGGCAUGCAUGAGCGACUGAAACUGGAGGAAGAACACAGGCGAAUUCGUGAAGAAGAGAAGGAACGUGAAAGGGAACAACAAGAGAGGGAAAGGGAUAAAGAGAGAAGAGAGAAGGCAAAGAGAAGCCCAAGAGCCUCACCCUCACACCAUCAGGAGUCUCCAGCUAGGAAGGCGCCCAUAGGGGGUGGGCGUGACCGAGGGUCAGACAGUCGGAAGGAACCAGGAGAGACAGCACCCCCAAGUAUUCAUAGGCCUCCUCACCCACCUCCACUGAUUGCUCCAGGUUCUAUACCUACACCCACAACUGUGACUUUGCCACCUCCAUUACAUUCUGUUCCACCUCCUUCUGAAUCAGAAUUACACAAAGGAGCUCUUCAUCUUGGACAUUUGCAGCGUCUUCCUUACCCUCCAGGAGCACCACCACCUCCACCAGCACCACCACACCAUCCCCGCCUGUCAACUUCUACACCUCCACAUCAUGUUUUACCACCACCAGUGCCACAUUCAGCAGCUACUCCACCUCACCAUCAUACAGCAUCUGCUACUCCACCCUCACAUGUCCCAACCCACACACCACCACACCACUACAUGUCUAGUCAACAUCCACCGCCACACCAGCGUACAAAUAGCCUCCCACCAUCCCCUCAGCAGUUGCAACAGCAACAUCAGCAGCAGCAGCAACCACCAACAGCCCCACUGCCACCAACCUCCUCACAGCAACAGCAGCUGCAAAUUCCACAUCUGCAACAGCAACAGCAGCCACAGCAGCAGCAGCAGCAACAACAACAACAUCAACAGCAGCAGCAACACCAACUCCAACAGCAGCACCAGUCACAACAGCAGCAGCAGCAGCAAACAAUACAGUCAACUGCCCCACAUGUGCAGCCACCUUCUCAACAUAAUUUGCAGCCACAGCAGCAGCAGCAGCAACAACAACAGCAGCAACAACAACAACAGCAGCAGCAGCAGCAGCAGCAGCAGCAGCAGCAACAACGACAAGAACAGCAGCAACAUAUUCUGCAGGUGCCACACCCUCCGCCCAUAAUUAUUGUGCCUGAUGCUGCCAAAGUAUUAGCAGCAGCAAAGGAUCCAUCAGGGCCUAUGUCAGUGUGGGAUUACCAUUAUUGCAGCAAAAGCAUUUCAAAUCAGAAGAAUUUGGAAAAUGACAUACCUGUAACAGCAGUUACAAGCAAACUGGAUCUUGCUGAACGCCGCCGUCGGGAAAAGAGAAACCUGUCAAACAAUGCAGCAUCCGCUGGUUCUGAUUCUGAAGGAGAGGAUCAAGAUGUGCACCUUUCUAUCUGGCUAACCAAAGGACCUCCAGCUGAAUUGGACACAUCACCAAAGAAGCUCAAAUUCCUCAGCAUGUUUGGUCUGACAACACUUGCCAAAAGAAACGAAAUGGAGCUUCGAAAACUUGAAAGGCGGCUUGCUCGUAGCCUCACAUUGGUACAAUUGGAGGAAAUGUCAGUGGUUCCAUCUGCUCUUGAAAGUAAUGGUACUGAAUCACCUCCACUUCCACUUAGUUUACCACUACCUCAAGAUCACCCUGAGGUAUUAGUGCGCUCUCCUGAUUACAAGAGCAAAGUACGCUUCCUGCGUUUCCUGGGGCUUGAAGCACUGUCCAAAAAGGAUAGGGAAGAGAGUGAACUGAUCUGGCAGACUGUUCUCGCAGAACGAUUACGGCGGAAGUGCGUAAAUUCUGUGGCAGCCUAUUGCAGCAAAGCUGCAGUACGCUCCAAACGUGCCCUCAGUCCAGACAGGGAUAAAGAAGUUGUAACAACUGUAACAAUCCCAGCCCCAGGGCAGAAUGGUGCGCGCACACUUACGCCUGCUGCUGCUGUACUGAUACAAGAUGGCGUCAAGAGGUGGGCGGCUACAGCAGCAGUAGUUCAGUCCCAGCCUCUAACAUUACCUCUGCCAACACCUUUGCGACCUGAGUGCCCUGAUUCACCUUUGUCCAUAGAGGAAGAAUGUCCUCGCUGGAAUGGAGUGGAAGAGAUCUUUGAAGCAUACCAUAGAUAUGCUGCAGAACGAGCAGAAGAAAGGCGUGUUCUUCAAGAACAAUGUACAAGACAGUACCGGUUAUUGACUGAACGGCGCCGUGAAUUGGAUGCUCUUGAUCGGAGACGGCGUGAUUUAGAAGCUAGAAAGAGACUGCAAGAUUGUGAGCGGCAACAAAUUCAGGAAGCCAUUGAUAACCUGUAUGCCUGCCUGCAUCGUCUGCGGUAGCACACCGCAGCCAGGAGCCAGAUGCGACCCCGGUCACGCCCACGCCCAAGGCCGAGGCCGCCUCCUCAGUUGUCUGGUUCCUGUGCACCUUCUGCUCUGUGUGUGUGAGAAACUAGUUCUGCCAUGCAUGCUAAUUCCCUUUGUAAAGGGCACGUGGCAUCAUUGGCCCAUCUCUAUGGUACUGUCGUUGUUAUACGUCAUUGAGCCUAAAGAUUUGUUAAACUUGAUAAAAGUUUAUACUGAAGAAGCACAGCAUUAUGCGCACAGUUCUGUCCCAGCUGAUCUAAAGAUUGUGUGUAGUGUCAAAUUACACUAGAAAAACAAAAAAGUGAUAAGUGGGACUCAUUGCUUGCUGUAGAUGUGUAUGGAGAGCUGUUUCAGCAGACUCCGUUGUGCCAUUGUGUUUUGUUAUUAGGUCAUAUUUUUCAUUUCUACAAAUUCUCCAGGCUGUUUUUUCAUCGUUCUUACUGUUGUGUGCAACACUUACUGCUAGUGUAAAAUACAAAAUGUCCCUGUUCAGUUGUUGAUGUUUGAGAUGUUUCAGUAUUGUUUUUACAUAGUGCUUACAAGAAAUAUGGUGUGUUGCAUGGUACAGCCUUUUAGUGAAAUAGUUGUUGUUUGUGCUCUCAUGCUGUUAUGUGCUGAAUCUGUGGAAAUCCAAUAUUUGUGUUGGCACUUCUAUCUCUUGGUACUUUGGACUGAAUAUUUGGUGACAAAGGAAAUUAUCAAUUUCCCUUUAGAUUAUAACUGUUCUUUUGUGAACACUGCAGAAAUAUUGAGAGAGCGGGGUACCAGGGUAAACUGUUGGGAUCAAAAGCUUCCUUAAAUCUGAAAACUAACUUUAAUUUCAUUUUAGUUGAAGAAAUUUUUUAUAAGUUUAAAAAACAUCUCUUUGUUGUAAUUUCAACAAUUAUGAAAAAUAGAUUGCUACUCACUGUAAAGAUGACACAUUGAGUUGUAGACAGACACAACAAAAAGACUGUUACAUAAUUGUUGAUAUUCCAACCUGGACUUUCGUUGUUGUAAUGGUUACUGGGACAUUACUUCAUAUUCAUGUAUACAAAAACAAAGAUAUAAGCUGUUAAAAGCACAUCUCAUUAGUGCAGAAUAGAUAUUCAUUAUUUUUGUUUGUUAUUUUCCCCUGCUCUCUUGAAAGGACUGCUGUUACUGCUCAACCUUCCACAUUAAUAAACUAUGUGUCUAAAAUACAAAUCCCCUGCCCCCCCCCCCCCCACCAUUAAGUUUUUUCACAUCAUUCACUAGUGUGUGUUUUUUAGAUCAUUAUCUUCCUGUUACCUAAGGUCUUCCGUGAAUAGACAAUUAUUUGUUUCUGUAAUGUAUGUAAAUCACAGUGGCAGAGGUGUUUUAGCAGCUAAUGCAUAAUCAUUUGGAUUCGUAUAUAUGUCCCCCCCCCCCCCCCCACCUCUCCCUCUCCUCAUUUACUUUGCAGAUGAGCAGAAUAAUGCCCUCUUUUUGCUGGGCAGCAAGUGUAAGGGAAGGGGGGGGGGGGAGGAUGAUGAAAGAGAAGUGUCAUACAUUUGAAAUAAAUAAUUGCUAUGGAACGAAGUUAAUGACUGAAAUCUGUGCACAUUCACUGUAGCUACAUGUUGCAUUUCUUUCAUCAUCUUUGAUUCUUAUGCCAUUAUCAGCUGCUACUUUAACAAAAUUCCUUCCCAUUCAAGAAAAAGGCAAGUAUUAAACUGUCUCCCUCUCGACAAGCAUUGAUGAUGUCGUUGUCAUGUUACUGUGUCACAAAAUGGUAUGAAUAUCUCUUACUUUCCUCUUGCUGUGCGAGUAACUUGAGGUUUGUGAACACACUAAUGUGAUUCAGAUUUAUGUGUUCAGUCAUGAGGCUUUGCAACUACUUUCUUAAAAACUCUUCAAUUCAGGACAUCUUCCAGUUGAAUGUCUCUGAAUUGUUGAGAAGUACAUUCCACUUUGUAAUUAAUGUGUGAGUAUGGCAGCUACAAAAGUUACCUCAGUUUCACUAACACCACCAUUUGGCAGUAAUGAGUGUUGUUCAAGAUUCCAUAUAAUGAUGUAUAGCUAGUCUGUGUCUAUAGAAUCUGCUCGUUGUUACUCCAUUAGCUACAGCCGCUGCCAGAUAAUGUUUAGUGCUUCAAUAUUUUGGCUAAAUUUUUGUGACCUGCCUAAUCAUGAUUACAAUAAAAGUUUUCUACUUCUACAUCCAUUUAUCCUUCUGCAGUGGUUUCUUCAUUGUGCAAGCCAACUUCAGUAAGAUAAAUGUGUUAGAGUGUGGAACUGAUUAACAUAAAGAUGGUAAGAUUGCUAACUCAUUUUAUGAGGAAGUUGUAGAACUGGAGUGUAUGUGUGUUUUGAGUUUUAAUCUUUAUUUCAGUAAGCAGUCUACAUUAUAUAGUCAUGUUUUAGGAUUUUAAUUUCAGUAGUGUACUUCUUUUGAAGUGGCUGUGUUGUGGAUGUUCCUUAAUAUUUUUUUCAAUAGAUAUAUUUGUUAGAGGACUAAUAAUUACGCAUUCAUUUGCUCAUAAUGAGCUGAGACUGAAUUGCAGGCAUUAUCUUUCAGUUGUAGUUCUCAGAAUAUAUAAAUGUCUUGCAACUUUUGUUUUUGAUGUUUGAAUGAUGUGAUGGUUUCACUGUGUCUGUACUAUCUGUGUAAUGUAAGCUAAAGAGUCUUCUUAUCUGUGAGAGACAACUUGAAAAUAAAUAAUGUGGCUUUAGUUUUAUAUACAACUGUGAGCCUUUUACUGGAAACAGAUGCUUUGUUACCUGACAUGCAAACAGUAAAUGGAAUAUUUUCUGUCUUGUUCCUAUAAAGCUUUAUUUGUAUGUAAAUUCCUCCAUUGCUGCUACCUGUGCACAUUACCAUUAGCUAUUAUUUCAUUUGGUGUGCGACAGUUGAGCAUGCAACAUCAUAAAUUACUUUGAUAAACAUGAAUAAAAAUUGUUUGUACCUAGUUCCACUUCAUUUAUUUAGUGUCAUAACUGAACAUGAUAACGUAACUGUAAGACAUUCCAAAAUCUGUGGCAUUCCAUUUGUAAAUCUGUUGCAAUCUUGUGCAAUUGUUGAUGUUUGUGUGGAUGCAGAUCAGUGCCCUGAUUAGACUUACACCUGCAUUAUUAAAGUAUGGCAACAUCAGGCUCCUUAACCAGUUUGCAUUUAAACAACAAAGUUUGAGAAUGUGGAUGUUGAUUGAGUGAGUUAGUAUCUUUAUAUACAGAGUAAAACAUUUUAUCAGUGCCUCCAGUGGUGAAUUUUUAAUUUGUUAAGACCCAAGAAUCAAUGAUGUAUAUAUGUAUGGUUUUUAUUUUCUACAUUAUUUAAUGAUAUUGUAGAAGGCAUAUUUUAUCUGCUGUUUCUCUCUUUCCUGUAAUAGUAUUUUAUUGGAGAAAAUAAGGUUGAUAUGAUAGUCCUUUUAUGUCUUAUUGUAUAUAUAUACAUAUUAUAUAUAUAUAUAUAUAUAUUAAUGCAAAGCUGUAUGUAUAGAAUAUUUGUAACAUGAAAACUGAAAUAAUUAUUAUCUUUGUAAUAUUUAUACUUUUACCUAGUAAAUAUUGACCAUGAAAUGUGUUCCAUAUAUGAGGCAGGAAUGGAUCUCCUUUCCUCAAAGAAUGAUUGAAUAAAAAAGAGAAUUGUCUAGAGGUGCUGUAUAA